AUGUCAAAUCCUGUUACCUUAAGUCUUCCAAAUGGCAGGAAGAACAAAGUUUAUUGGGUGAAUAAGGAUGGUGAUGUUUGGUUUUGCAAUGGUUGGAAAGAGUUUGCUGAAUACUCUAAGUUGGAUGUGUCACAUUUUUUAGUGUUUGGAUAUGAAGGAAAUUCUUUGUUUAACGUGAUUAUUUUUGGAAAAAGUGGUUUAGAAAUAGAAUACCCUUUAAGCAAUGAUGCUACUAAUGAAGAAGUGGAAGAAAUUGUUGAAGGUAGUGAAUUUUCUGCAAAAUUGAGUGAAGAGGGAAGUAAAAGGCCAAAAGAAGAAGUUGAAGAAAAAGAACAACAACAAUCCAACAAACAUUCUAGAAAGAGAGCAUGUUCUGAUUAUUCCAAGCACAUGAAUAAUGGCCAAAAAGGAGUUUCUCACUUGCCUUCUUCAUCCCGUAAAAGUCCUGUGACCACUCAAGCAAGGACACCAAAGCCCCAAGAUGAUCUCUUCAUCUGCGUCAAGUCAGGAUUUCCGACUAUACCAUUUGAAUAUGCGAAGAAGUAUGGUGAGGAAAGUGGAAGACGUGUGACUUUUCGUGUUGGGGAGAGAUCGUGGAAAGUAAAGUUUUUGUUAUAUGGUCAACAUUCCUUUGCUAGAUUCUCUAGUGGCUGGUUUGAUUUUGUUAGGGACUGUGACUUGAAACUGGGAGAUGUUUGUAUCCUUAGGAUGCUAGAUCAGGAAAAUCUUGUGUUCAAUGUUUCAUGUUUAAAACCAAAUAAUUCAUCUGGACCUAACAAAACAUAG